GUAGGACCCGGGGAAAGAAGCCAAUCACUAGGAACGCCAAGGCGGCGCAGACCAUCUGCUCGCGAGGGUAGCGGAAUAUCGGAUGAUGCUACUACAUCGGGUGAACGUCAACGAACUUCCUCGGAACCACCUCAAGGCGGAAACAGGCGACGCCGGCAGGGAAGUGAACCGGAUCCAGACGGUGAGUCGCGAGAAAGAGGAACGCCAUCACAUCCGGCACGAACACANGGAAUACCUGGUGCACCUGGACCAGGAGUGUGAAUCGCAUCUCAUAUUCUACACCAUAGCAGUACAGAACGCCCUACGCAACCCCGGCCAACCUCUGCCGCCAUUCCCGCGGGUAGGG